CUCCUGGGAAGGCUGUUGUUCAGGUCUUGAAGAAUCCCUAGCAAGUAACUCUCCAAGGCUACAGCGGCCCCCAGCAGGAGUCCAGAGAGGCCCUUGGAGGCAGGGUUAGAGGAGGAAGAGAGCAAGGACAGGAAUCUGUCUGUGGGACCUGAACCAUUCAGGCUGUGGCGCAUGGGGUAGAACGACCUUUGGCCAUAUGGACCUCAGCCCACAUCACUCACCCUUUGCUCAACUCAGUACAAAUACUUCAUGCCUGGUGAUCUUGGGCACACAAGCACUGUGUGUCUAGGGGCAACACUGCAAGCCCCGGUGACUUGGAGGAGCCCAGACGCUCACUGGCAGGAGCCCCUGCGCCGUGUUGCUGUGACCGGGGGCACCCAUGGCAAUGAGAUGUCUGGGGUCUACCUGGUGCGGCAGUGGCUGCGGACCCCCGUGGACCUGCAGAGACCCAGCUUCUCCGCUGUGCCCGUGCUGGCCAACCCAGCAGCCACAGCUGUCUGUCGCCGCUACAUAGGCCGCGACCUCAAUCGCACCUUCACCAGCACCUUCCUGACUUCCAAGGCCACCCCAGAUGAGCUGUACGAGGUCACAAGAGCCCGGGAGUUGAACCACCUGCUGGGGCCCAAAAACUCCAGCCAGGCCUUCGACUUUAUCCUCGAUCUGCACAACACGACUGCCAACAUGGGCACUUGCUUCAUUUUGAAUGUCACAGACACCUUUGCCAUGCACCUGUGCCACUAUCUGCAGCUGCAGAACUCCGAGCCACCCUCCCGGGUCUUGGUCAUCGAGGCAUCAGAAGACACAACAUUCAGCGUGGACUCGGUGGCCAAACACGGAAUGACCGUGGAGUUAGGUCCCCAGCCUCAGGGCGUGCUUCGGGCCGACCUUUUCUCCCGGAUGAGAUCCUUGGUGGCCUCUGUUCUGGAUUUCAUCGAGCUCUUCAAUCAGGGUGCGGCCUUCCCGGCCUUUGAGAUGGAAGUCUACAAAUUCCUGGGCUGCAUGGACUUUCCACGCUCAGAGGAUGGAGACCUGGCUGGUAUGGUGCAUCCCCAGCUCCAGGGACCCCUCAUACUCAGGCCCCGCACCGGGGCAUAGUAACCCUUGUGGCCUCCUUGGAGGACUGGGGGUGGUAACGGAGGAGGAAGGACAUGUGGCGCAGGCCCCGCCCAGUUUACCUGCAGAGACAGAAGCCCCUCUUCAGUUUCCAGCCCAUCCCUGAGUGUCCCUGUGCCUGCGAGCCGUAGUCCAGCAUGCCCUCUCCCUGCCUUCCCUCCCCAAAUGUUCCAGGGUGGAAAUCCUCCUCCACCAGGCAGAGGGUCAGUGGCUGAGACUUGGUCGCUGCCAGCUGCUGCUCUGUUUGCUGCCCACAGGCCCCCAUUGAAUGGGGUCUUGUGCAGUUUCUGGGCCUCUAAGCUCUGCAAACUUAAUUUUGAAAUGUUAUGUUACUUGCAAUGACAUUCUGGGGUAAGGACACCAUCCUUUCAGUGUUUGGGGUGGACGGUCUUAAACCAUCUACUUUGCAGAUGUUAGUGGUCAUUUUAGGUCACUUAUUUUAAAAAGCACAAUCAUGUAGCCUGGUGUGGGGGGAGGGCAGCACACCUACAAUCUCAGCUACUCAGGGAAAUCGAGGCAGGAGGAUCAAAAGUUCAAGGCCAGCCUGGGCAACUUAGCAAAAUUCUGUCUCAAACUAAAAAAUAAAAAGACUGUGGAUGUACCCUA